CAGGUUUGGAAAAGGCGCGACAGCGGCGGCGCCCAGCGGUAAGGAUCUUCGCGGUUAUCGGAGCCGGCUGAGCGCUGAUUCGUGGAUCGGUUGGGUUGGAGGUUAGUUGUGCGUCGAAGAACGGUGAAUGGUGGAGGGUCGCGCGAGUAAGUCUCCGGGUAAGCUGUGGAUGUGAUGAUGCAAACGCACGGAUGAAACCGCCAUGAGCUUGGCUCCAAAGAAACCAUCUCGCUGCUCGUCUCAUUGACUCUCUCCCCUCGCAAUCCCUCCAAGCCUGCCUUGUUCUGCCGUCCAAUUACCAGCGCGUCUGCGGUCAAUCACAUAGGGCGCCGUUUCACCAUGCCUCCCCAAGAAAAGGGCGGGCGCGUCGUCUUUAUCGGCAACAUCCCGUACGGUGUUAGUGAGGAGCUUAUCACCGAGACCCUCAGCCGUGUCGGCAACGUCCUCACCUUCCGCCUCGUUUACGACAAAGACACCGGCAGGCCCAAGGGCUUCGGUUUCGCAGAGUUCUCCGACGCCGAGGAAGCGGGCUCUGCUGUGCGCAACCUCAACGACUACGAGCUUAUGGGCCGCAAGCUGAGGGUCGAUUACUCCAACGACAACGGUGCAGGCGACAGCGCGCCUGCCAACUACAAUCCACAAAUAAUGCCGCCAGCCAACGGUCAAGAGGCACUGCCUGUGGCUGCCCUGCCGCCAUUGCCGCCCGGAGUCGACGUCCCACCCGAUCUCACCUGCCCUGAUGCCAUUUCGAAGACCCUACAGACGCUGCCCCCGCCGCAGCUGCUCGAUAUUCUUUCCCAAAUGAAGAACUUGGUCACGAACGACCCCGCAAAGGCCACCGAGCUCCUGCGCCAGGCGCCUCAACUGUCUUUCGCCAUCUUCCAAGCUCUACUCCUUCUGGGUCUGAUCGAUCAAUCCCUCCUCACAUCUGUCGUCGACACUGCCACCAUCCCGCAAGCGGCACCGCAGCCGCCGCGCGCAUACCCCGGAUACCCUCCGCAGACCGGUCGUGGUCCGAUGCCCGUGCCCACGCCGCCUGUUGGCAACCCAUACCAGCAGCCUCCGCCCGUGCAGCAGCAACCGCCACCGCAGGUGGUGGACCAGCAAGAGCUCAUUCGCCAGGUGCUGUCGAUGACACAGCAGCAAAUUGCAGCCCUGAGGCCAGAGGACCGCGUGCAGAUCGAGCAACUGAGGGCAAGCUUGAUGGGAGGACAGGGGUUCUAGAGGGCAGAAUAGUGUUCUCCCGAUAAUAAUCUAUGCAGCACGAGGAUGAGGGUGUCGAGAUUUGCGAGGACCCAAUCGAUUCUCCGAAUGGAAUGAAACGAAGCACAACAUACCAUGUCACGGCGGACAGGCAGCCUGGCAGAUGUUCCUCAUGGGCGAGUGUGUUGGGCGAGGAUGACACAACGUCUGAAGGCGGCAGGGCGGGGAAGCGACAAUAAGGGCAGGCAACGGAUGGCCAAAAGCAGUUUGGUGUAUUGAUACCCGUCGCGAGGAUGAUUGACAUUUGACAUGAUAGCGAGACGUGUAAAAUGCCGCAUGAUUGGCCAGAGGCCUGGAACGGGCAAGUACUUUAGCACCAUAGCAGAAAAUUGCGACUUCAAGGUCCAUGAAAUAUGUACCAAAAAUCAAGCACACAAGCAACUCCACCUAGUUUCCUACUUUUGCGGGGG